AUGAGCACACCUCAUCCAUCAUGCAGCGCCACUCUGCUCAGCAUCAGUCCGGCCCACUGCCUCCCUCCACCUGAGACCUUCACAGUAGAAAACACCAGCGUGUCCUUAACCCCGGCGCACAACAAAGACGGCUGCUCCAUCUUCACCUCUGCCCCUCUUACACCCACACCCAGCGGGCCAGGCACAACCGCUGCACCCACCGCCCCCAUCGCUCCCCUCCAUUGCACCGCUUCAGCAAACGCCUCAGCAUGGAAACUUCUCCGGACUGAGCGGUGUCACCCGCUCCUCACUGGGACAAACCAGCAGCACCAGCACAAGCAGAGGCCACCGCCCCAGCUGCUCCCCGCUAUCACAUUCCACUGCAGCCUAAUGACAGCACCCUCCACCCAGCCUCCCCCGGCCCAUGACCCGAGCCCUAACACCCUUUCAUGGGCCCCUGGGGAGGUCCUGCGAUGGGACAAGGGGGGAGGCACGAGGUGGAGGCGACGGGGGAGGAGUGACACAGAUGAGGGAGGACACUCCAGGUGGUGGGACAGCUCUGAGGGAAUUGAAAGUCAUGAAUAUAUUAACUGA